GGGAGAGCCGAUCCCACUCAGAUUCGGUCGGAGGAGCAACGCCAUGUGCUACAGGCUCCCGGCUCUCCUGCUGCCCAUCUGGCUCUUCUGGACUCUGGGGAUUCGAGGCUCUGAGCCCCGCAGCGUGAACGAUCCCGGGAACAUGUCCUUUGUGAAGGAGACGGUGGACAAGCUGUUGAAAGGCUACGACAUUCGCCUGAGACCCGACUUCGGGGGUCCCCCGGUCUGCGUGGGGAUGAACAUCGAUAUCGCCAGCAUAGACAUGGUUUCCGAAGUCAACAUGGAUUACACCUUAACCAUGUAUUUUCAACAAUAUUGGAGAGAUAAAAGGCUUGCCUAUUCUGGGAUCCCUCUCAACCUCACGCUUGACAAUCGAGUGGCUGACCAGCUAUGGGUGCCUGACACAUAUUUCUUAAAUGACAAAAAGUCAUUUGUGCAUGGAGUGACAGUGAAAAACCGCAUGAUCCGCCUUCACCCUGAUGGGACGGUGCUGUACGGGCUCAGAAUCACCACAACCGCAGCAUGCAUGAUGGACUUGAGAAGAUACCCCUUGGAUGAGCAGAACUGCACGCUGGAAAUUGAAAGCUAUGGCUAUACCACAGAUGACAUUGAAUUUUACUGGCGUGGAGGUGAUAAGGCUGUCACUGGAGUGGAAAGGAUUGAGCUCCCUCAGUUCUCUAUUGUGGAGCAUCGUCUGGUCUCGAGGAAUGUCGUCUUUGCCACAGGUGCCUAUCCUCGGCUCUCAUUGAGCUUUCGGUUGAAGAGAAACAUUGGAUACUUCAUUCUCCAGACUUACAUGCCCUCGAUACUAAUUACGAUUCUCUCAUGGGUGUCCUUCUGGAUCAAUUAUGAUGCAUCUGCAGCUAGAGUUGCCCUUGGGAUCACUACCGUGCUGACAAUGACAACCAUCAACACACACCUCCGGGAGACAUUGCCCAAAAUCCCCUACGUCAAAGCCAUUGACAUGUACCUCAUGGGCUGCUUUGUCUUUGUGUUUCUGGCCCUUCUGGAGUAUGCCUUUGUCAACUACAUUUUCUUUGGAAGAGGCCCUCAAAGGCAGAAGAAGCUUGCAGAAAAGACAGCCAAGGCGAAGAAUGACCGUUCCAAGAGUGAAAGCAACCAGGUGGAUGCUCAUGGAAAUAUUCUAUUAACAUCACUGGUGGUUCACAAUGAAAUGAAUGAGGUCACAGGCAGUGUUGGUGAUACCAGGAAUUCAGCAAGACCCUUUGACAACUCAGGAAUCCAGUACAGGAAACAGAGCAUGCCUAGGGAAGGGCAUGGGCGACACAUGGGGGACAGAAGCAUCCCGCACAAGAAGACCCAUCUACGGAGGAGGUCUUCACAGCUCAAAAUUAAAAUUCCUGAUCUAACCGAUGUGAAUGCCAUAGACAGAUGGUCCAGGAUCGUGUUUCCAUUCACUUUUUCUCUUUUCAACUUAGUUUACUGGCUGUACUAUGUUAACUGAGUGACUGUACUUGAUUUUUCAAAGACUUCAUUUAACACUGAGUGAAAUAUUACUCUGCCUGUCAAGUUUUUAUACCUGUACACACACACAGACACACACAAGCAGACACACAUAUAUACAUACGCAAUUGUAUAUAUAUGUGAACUUUCUCAGCAUAUAUAUAAAAUACACGUGUAUAUGAGGAUGUAUGUGUAUAUGUUUAUACACACAGGUAUAAGUACCCAUGUGUAUGUAAAACAAAUACACAUACAUAUAUACAUUUUGCAGCUAUGGACAAUUUAACACAGGAUGCAUAUUAAAGAAAGUCAUAGUUUUUUCUUUUUUAAUUGAAAGGGACAAGCAUCGUCUAAAUAUUAUGCCUUGAGAAUGAGGGUGUGAAACACAUCAUCCAAAAAUAUGUGUUUUAUUAUCAUAAGUUAGAUGUUUUAGUUUGAAAAUCAGAAAGAAAAUCUUAGUUAAUCUUCAAAAAAUCAUUCAGUGGUAUUGCUAGUUUAAAAUGAGUCACAUACUUCAUAUUGUUUCUGUUUACCUAGCGAAGGCUUUUCAGCUUUUUUGGUGAUGGGGUUUGCUUUCAUCAGGCACACUUUUUCUGUAACGGUUUAGUGGAUGAGGUGAGCCACUGGUGUGUGCUCACCUGUUGUCUUAAAUAUAGAUAGAUCCCACGUUGAUGUCUGAAACAUCCAUCUUUAGAAAACCCAUCAGGAAUGGAUGGCAUCUCAUUGUAAGUACUCUUAAUGUACAGUGUAUUUUUUUGUUGUUGUUCACUUGGAGUGGAUUCAGCUUACCUGUCAUAUGGGAAUACAAUGGCAUGUUUUGGCAAUGUUUAGUUGACAUUUCAAUCACUGAAAAUGUGCUCCACAUCUUGUAUGGAUUUCUAGGCCUGAUCUAACAGAAAGCAUAGACGUCUCAGGUUAUUUGUUACUCUAAGGUAAAACCAUCUAGGAUGAUUUUCCCCCUUGUCUUUACGUUAUCAAUCACUCUUAUAACAUUGUAUGUUAAUAUGAAGUAUAUUUGCAUAAUAUGCAUAUAUAUGUAUAUUUACCAAUAUUUUGUUUCUUAAUGCUUGCUAUCAUGGCAGCAUGCGAUGUCAUAAUUUUCCUUUACAUGAUGUAACUACUUUCUGUUACCUAGAAUUAAGAUUGAAGCUUAAAACACAUUUACUGUUCAAUUUCAGAAACCAAGAAACAUCUUCAUGCCUUCAUUUCUGUAUCUGACAUAUUUCAUAAGCACAUCCAACUACUCCUAGUCUAACUAGGAUGCUGCAGGAACAUGACCAGUACACACCACGCGUCACCCAGUAAUCCAUGACCGUUCUCUUGAGGUAAAGGAGAGCAACCCAACAACAAACAGUCAUUUUUGGUUCCUUCUGAUCCACAGCCUCAUCAGUAUUUGGACUUUUUAAAGCUCGUAGAAACAAGACAAGGUGCACCGGUUUCAUAGACGCAACCUUAACUUACUAUUUAGAUGAGAUCUUUCUAAAGAAAAAAAAAGAGAUGAUAUAUUUUUUGUAAACAAUAUUUCUAUCACAGGCCUCCAUAAAUGGAAAUGACUACAGUUGUGCAAACAGAUGUCACAGUGAGGUUAAGCAUUUGGAGAAAAAAAGCAAAAUAUUCAGGAAAGAACUGCUAAAUUAAUACUUUAUCCCAACAUGCCACAUAUGCCUCACCUUCUCUGUUCUAUCCUAAGCCAAUGACCAAAAUCUUGUCCAAUAUGCUACUAGCUGGCACCAGUUUGCUCCACGUAGAUAGAGGCACCACCUUCCCUGAGGAUGCAUGUGGUGUGAGCUAUCACCAUAAGCUUACCAUUACUUGAUUUUUCUUUGGUAUAAAGAUAACAAUCUUUAAUUUGUGGAAGUCUGUCACAGUUCAAGACCCACUGUCAGGUAAAACACAACCCACAAAAUCUCAUGCUAGAAGCAAUGACUAGUUUUUUACCUUAACCCCUCCUUCAUUCUGACCUUUCUACAACAUCUUCCACCUACUGCUCUCUGGUUUUAUUUUGUAUCUGGAGAUUAGCCAGUGAUUUCUGGUCUUGGGCUUUUCUCUGACAAUUUUUUUUUUUUCAUGGGUAACAAUGAGGGAUCCUAAAAGUUAAAUAGAUUGGGAAAAACCUUGUAAGUGGCCUUAUCAUUGUUAACAUGUUAAAGAAAAAAGACAUUUGUGAAGACCUUAUCCCUUUCAAUACUUCAGGUAUCUUUUUCUGUAUCCAGUGAUUCAAGGAGUAAGCUCCACAUGCAGAAGAGGGACCCCAAAAUGCAAAUGAAUAUGGACAAAAGCAAUCAAUGCUCGAUUUACUUGUACAAUUUAUACUAUUCAGAACUGUGACAUUAAUUCUUUCUGUGAGAAAAAUGAUUCAAAACAUUUUUGAUGCAUAGUUGAGGUACCCAAUUAUCAAAGGAAGAGACCCUAUGGGGCUCAGAAGAGCUGCAGUCUACUUACCAAGGUUUUCUGGUUAUAAAUUUGCAUGGUAUAGUCAUAAUAGCUUUUGAGCUUUUUAUAUGCAUUUGGCACCAAGACUGGGAUCCACAACUUUGUAGACACUGCGAUGAAGUUAACAUAAUAGCUAUACUAUAAAUAGUGUUUGUAACUACACACAUACAUACACACAUACACACACACACACACACACACACACACAAAUACAUACAUAUAUUCUGUAAAAAAAAAAACUUUUUAAGAUCCUUGGGUAUGUGUUUGCUUUACUCCAUUUCAGAAGAAAAUUACUUUUCUUCUAAUAAAAUUAUUUUAUAGCUUCUCCAUUUUUAAAAGUUGUGAGAAAUAUUGAGAAGCAGAACUCUAUGCUGACAGAAGAGAGUUGAGUUUGGUUCUCUGUUCUGUUUCAAUGACCUCUCAUUAUUCCACAGUAGUUACUGGAGCCAGUGUGCAAGCUGUAUUGAUGAAUUCUGAACCUGGACCUCCGACAUUAAUGUGAGGUGGCUGUCACCCACAUCCAGACAUCUUGAGUAAGGAGAGAAAAGUUGAAUUUGGAAUAUAAUGGUAUUUCUUUCUCAACAACUGAACAUAAUAAAAAGUUAAUUUUCUAUGUAGUCCUGUCUUUCCAAAAUGCUUCACAGGGGCUCAAAAUGUACUGAAGAAUCUUUCUCUGAAAGUUGGUUAUUACCCAUAUUUAGAUAUACUUGAGACAACUCAAGAGCCCUACUACAUAAAUCCCUACAGUGAAAGACUGAUAAGACUUGAGUAAAUCUUGAAAACAAGCGUUAUUCUUGUUCACCUACCCCAGGACUGUAGAGGGGUUUCACUGUCUAUAUCAUGAGACAUGCAUUUCCCCCCUGAAUCAUAAAUGAACUAGGAAGUAUGUCAUGAUAAUAUUCCUGUUAGGUUUGAAGAUUACAUGUGCAUCUGCAAUAUCAUGUGUUUUUAAUGCCAGCAUCCAGAACUUUUGACAUAUUUGGUCAGUUACGUCAAAGGCACUUUUCCCCUGUGCAGCUUCGGAAUUAACAUUUUCACCCAGGAGGAAUCCCAGAGGUGAUGCCACACACUUUUGGGACUGGUUUUAAGGGGACAGGCACAUUGGCAGCUGUAGGUGUUCAUUUUCAGCAUCUAGUAGAUAACCCCAUUGGUGUUAGUCCCACAGUGGUGUGUUUGAAAAAAGAGAAUAUGUCCAAUUUUGAAUCUCCUGGCUUGAAAUUAUAAACCAUCUCAUAAUCCUUACUUAAUGCUCCACCUGAAAACUAGUUCAUAUUUCUGACCAUUUUUAUGUAAGCAAAAUUGAUCAAUUAGUGAAAUAUUUUGUUACUCAUGGGAAUGACUUCGGCUCUCAUCUUAUGUGAGCCAUCAGUCAGAGUAACAUUGAAUCAUGGGGCAAAGAGCUGUCCAGGUGGACUAAAUUUUCCCAGGACACUAGCUAGUGUGCCUUGGAUCAAUUACCUCUUCUACUGCAUUGAAAGGUGCCAUGUUUUCCAAAAUACUCAAUUCCCAACACCUGGGUAAACAGUGACUUCCCAGAGAGUGGCUACAAUCACAUGCCUCUCCCUAGGGUGAGCCCCAUAAACAUGUUUUAUCAUUCUUGUCUUAUAUUUCUACUUUCCAAGUCAGUGAGUGUAUUCAAGGUAAGUACAGGAUUAUUCUAGUAGGAAUAGGCGAUUGCUGUCAUGAUCAAUUCCCAUGUGGAUUUCAUUUCAUUGUAAAGAUAAACUAAAAUCCAAUUUUGCUUAAGCACAUUGAUGUAAUUUUUUGGUAUUAUUUGACAUGAAAAAAACAGCAAAAUUGAGUGAUAGAUACAAUAUGAAACUUGUUGAUGAAUGAAUUCAAAUUUAUUAAAAAAGAACUAACUGA